CUCUGGAUGGGGACUUGAAGAUGCAAGAGUUGUAUGUAGGCAAUUGGCCUUUAAUCCUGAUGAGACACUAGUACUUACAUAUGAUGAUUUAACCUCAAAUAAGAAGAAUCCUCCAGUAUAUGGCAAUGGAAGGGAAGCUGGGUAUAUAUUUAGAAAUGUCCAAUGUAAUGGUACUGAGGACAAUAUCUCUAGCUGCAGCAUGGACAUCAGCAAGCGUUGUAGGAAAAGAAAUGAUGCUGUGGCAACAUGUAAAACAAUUAUACGACUUAGAGAUGGCACCAAUACAUCAGGAAGGCUGGAAGUCUACAAGAAUAAACGAUGGCUAUCAGUCUGUUAUUCUUCAACCCUCGGCCCAAAGGCUGCAGAACACUUCUGUUCUCUGUUGGGAGUUAAGCCAGUUAAUCCAAUCAUCAUUGGUGAUGCAUACUUUGGAAAAAACAAGCAGGAUACAUGGUGGAUACAUUGGCCAUGUAUAUUUGGCUAUUGUAAUCUAGAUAUAUGGUGGUUGCCCAAGUGUAAAAGAGGAAAAUAUGCUAGUAUCAAAUGUCAAAAUAAUAACUCAAGAGAUAAUCCUCCAGAAAUCAUGCUGGCUGGGAUUAACAAUUACUCUGGAAUACUUAUAAUGAAGAAAUUUGGUGUAUGGGGUGGAAUAGCUCUACGGCAACCUCAAAGUGACGAGAAUGUCAUAUUGAACAAUGCUUCAGAUGUUGUAUGUCACAAAUUGGGAUAUGGCACUACUGAUGCAAUGUCCAUCCCAAUAGAUCAUACACAUAUCCCUAUAUCAACGAUUACAUGGAUGUUUGAUGUUUACUGUACUGGGGAUGAGGACACAAUAUUUAACUGUGACCAUACAAAAUGGGGUGAACCAUAUAUAUAUGAUAGACAACCAAGUAUGGUUUUUAUAACCUGUAGGCUUCCAUUGAGACUUGUAGAACAGGUGAGUGAUAGCAAAACAGGACAACUGGAGGUAUUAGUUAAUGAGAGAUGGACGAGUGUAUGCUUAAAGGAAUGGGAAACCGGCACAUUGAGAGUAGCCUGUAAAGGACUAGGAAUGGAAUCACGAUAUGCGAAGGCAAUACAGACAAGUACCGAUAUGGUAAAUCAUGAUUGGUUUCAAGUUGGUCGAUGUCUGGGCAAUGAAGAUAGCUUGGCUAAGUGCAUAUCAACAAGACCACGCUGUCAUGAUAAAGAAAAAAUGUUGCUUCUAUCUUGCCCAGAUAAACCAGAAAGUAAGAUCAACAUUCAUUUGGACAAUCACAAUGAAACUGGUGAUAUGUUUGUGAAUCUAAAUGGCGUUUCUUUCCCAAUGUGCAAUCCAAACUGGAACGGUGGAGCUGCUAGGGUGGCAUGUAGACAAAUGGGAUACAAUCCAGAUCAUGCGGAACACUUCAGGACUGAUAUAAAGGUGAACAGAGUACUAUUAACUGAUAUGACAUGCCAUGGCAAUGAAACUAAUCUCAGUGAAUGUAAUUUUUCUGAGUGGAAGGUUAUUUCAUUUGAACAUGACUCCGAACAUAUGAACUGUCAGAGAAAUGGUGGAGUAUUUAUGUCAUGUGCUGAUGAUUCCAUGAAAGCCAGACUAGUAGGGGGACCUGAUGAAUACUCAGGACAUGCCCAAAUAUGGCAUGAAGGCAAAUGGAAGCGUGUAUGUUUUCGCAAAGGAGAUGGCUCAAAAGAAAUUGUUGCCGAAACAAUCUGCAGAAAGCUCAAGAGACCAGGGCAGUAUGCGAGGGAUCAUCCAUAUAGCGGCUAUUUUGGGGGAGGAACAUCAAAACCAGGCAUUGAGCUAAACUGUAAUCAUAGAUACCCAUCCCUCCAUCUCUGUCACAUCCAUGACAAUAACUGUACACAUGACCUUCACUAUGACCUUGGUGUAUCCUGCUUUGAACAUAAUCCAGAUUUCCAUGAAUACCUGCAGCCUACAUUGACUGGCUAUACAAUUGAUAAUGGCUUGGUACUAGUUAAAAGCCAUGACACUAACAAGCAGCCACUUACAAUAUGUGGAGAGAAGUGGACCAGAAAUGAAGCAAAGGUUGUCUGCAGACAAAUGGGUUACAAUGAAGAUGCAGUUAAUGAUGCAGCUGUGGACAAGUUCCCAAUGCUUCAGUGUCUUGGUGGAGACAAGAUUGUGUUAAGUGAUGUUAACUGCACAGGGGAUGAAAUGAGUCUGGCACAUUGCACUUUCAAACAUGGAGACAAUGUCACAUGUUCAAGUGGUUUGAGAGCUGCAGUGUUCUGUCGAAAACUGUCUUUGAAGUUAACAAAAACUGACAAAACCAACUCCAGUGGUUUGGUUACACUUGAUCAUCUGUUGAUAUCUGACCACGUAUCAAAUGAGCCUAAUAAACACCCCAUAUGUGCCUCUGGUUGGGACGAGAGAGAUGCAAGAGUAGUCUGCCGACAACUUGGACUACCUUACCAUAAUGCAUCUGUAUACAUUUCCACACAAGGCAAUCUUACACAUGAAUACAAGCCCUGGAUAACUAAUGUUGAUUGUAUUGGCAAUGAAGCUCACAUUGGACAGUGUGACUUUGACAAUGAUUUCACAGUGGCAUCUGAUGGUAUCUAUGACAACGUGGAUUAUUGUACACAGUAUGAACUGACAGCACAUUAUGUAGAACACACUUACAAUUAUAAUUUCUGUGAUGGUAACAGCUAUGCUGGAGUUGUUUGCAAAUAAAAUAUGCCAG